AUGAUUUAUGAGAAACUAAUCCCUCGUUCAUUCAUUAUAUUCAUUAUUCAACCUUUCAUCAUUUAUCUUCAUUCUUUCAUUCAUUAUACGACUCUGCCAACCGGCCCUCCAGGACGCUGCCAACCGGCCCUCCAGGACGCUGCCAACCGGCCCUCCAGGACGCUGCCAACCGGCCCUACAGGAACCGGCCCUCCAGGACGCUGCCAACCGGCCCUCCAGGACGCUGCCAACCGGCCCUCCAGGACGCUGCCAACCGGCCCUCCAGGACGCUGCCAACCGGCCCUACAGGACGCUGCCAACCGGCCCUCCAGGACGCUGCCAACCGGCCCUCCAGGACGCUGCCAACCGGCCCUCCAGGACGCUCCAGGACGCUGCCAACCGGCCCUACAGGACGCUGCCAACCGGCCCUCCAGGACGCUGCCAACCGGCCAGGACGCUGCCAACUGGCCCUCCAGGACGCUGCCAACCGCCCUACAGGACGCUACCAACCGGCCCUACACGACGCUGCCAACCGGCCCUACACGACGCUGCCAACCGGCCCUACACGACGCUGCCAACCGGCCCUACACGACGCUGCCAACCGGCCCUCCAGGACGCUGCCAACCGGCCCUACACGACGCUGCCAACCGGCCCUACACGACGCUGCCAACCGGCCCUACACGACGCUGCCAACCGGCCCUCCAGGACGCUGCCAACCGGCCCUACACGACGCUGACCGCCCUACACGACGCUGCCAACCGGCCCUACACGACGCUGCCAACCGGCCCUCCAGGACGCUGCCAACCGGCCCUACACGACGCUGCCAACCGGCCCUACACGACGCUGCCAACCGGCCCUACACGACGCUGCCAACCGGCCCACCAGCACCCUGACUGUGCCAUAGACUUGACAGCAAAUCAAGUCAACAUUACCAUCAUCAACUACAGGGAAACUUCAGACCUACAGCUCACCUGGUCGAUGCUAGAGAAGUUGGGUUGUGCCCGAGUGGUUAAUACUGCGAUGAGUGAGAGGCAGUGA